AUGGACAAGGUUUAUGCAGGUUAUGAAAAUGUGUAUUCAUUCAAUGGGACAAGGUUGCCACAAGUAAACAAAACACUAUUCUUCCAGGGGUUAGAAGGUCUAAAUUACUUGAUGGCAGAGACAAAUGGUACUAAACCAGGUGAACCAAGAGUGCCAGGAAAACAGCAGUCUGUGAUUUCAUUCACCAAGAAACAUUUACCAAAUAUAAAUAUUUGGAGGGGUGAUGGGUUUCCUGCCAAGGUGUUCUUCAAUGGAGAAGAAUGUACUCUUCCAACAGAAUUUACUAUAAGAGUAGAUCUCCAGAUUGACCAGAAAAGACUUGAGAAGUCGUGGCCCAAAAGGUAUCAGUGGCUGGCUAUGGCGAGCAAACAGAUGAGGUAUCAUAGGGGUUUUAGUGAGAAGGCCGAAGGAAGGAAGAUGGUGCUGUUGGGGAAGGCCAAAGAUGCCAGCUUGUGCAAUGGAAACUCUUGCAUAGAAAGUGAGAGACAAGCACUUUUAAGGUUUAAACAAGACCUUAAAGACCCUUCCAACCGGCUUGCCUCUUGGGUUGGUGAUGGAGAUUUCUGUACAUGGGCUGGUGUUGUUUGCGACAACUUGACAGGUCAUGUCCUUAAGCUCCACCUUUCAAAUCCUUUUGUUUUGUCAGAGUACCCCUCUUUUUCUGAACAAGAAGCGUAUGAGAGGUCGAAGUUGGGUGGUAAGAUAAACCGCUCUUUGCUUGAGUUUAAGAAUUUAUUUUACUUGGACUUAAGCUUGAAUGAUUUUGAAGGAAUUCCGAUUCCUAGUUUUCUUGGUUCUAAACAGAAUCUGAGAUAUCUUAAUCUCUCUGAAGGUGGAUUUUCUGGAAUGAUUCCUCACCAACUUGGAAAUCUCUCUAAUUUGCAAUAUCUUGACCUCCAUUCUGCUUCUGCAAGUAAGCUCAGUGUUGAGAAUUUCGGUUGGCUAUCAAAUCUUUCAAGGCUGGAGCACCUUGAUUUAAGUGGUGUUCAACUGAGUAAAGCUUCUGAUUGGUUGCUGGUUCUAAUAAUUUUGAAGGUCCCAUUCCUGAUGGACUUCAAAACUUUGACAUCUCUUAGAUACCUUAAUUUAUCUUCCAACCAUUUCAAUUCUUCAAAACCCAACUGGCUGUACAAUUUUAACCACCUCAACUACCUUUCUCUCAAGCGUAAUAGCUUGGUAGGUAAAAUUUCAGGAGUUCUUGGAAACCUGACUUCUAUCAAUACUCUUGACCUAUCAUACAAUACACUGGAAGGAAAAGUUCCAAAAUCAAUGAGAAAACUAUGCAACUUGAGGUCCAUCUCUUUUUCGGCUGUCAAUCUGAAUCAAGAAAUUUCUGAAAUCUUGGAUAUUUUGUCAGUUUGUGUCUCAAAUGUACUGGAGUCCUUGGAUAUAAAGAGUAGCCGAAUUUUCGGGGAGAUAACUAGUCAACUUGGGCAAUUUAAGAAUUUGAACACCCUUCGUUUAAGUUACAACUCUAUUUCUGGUCCUAUUCCAGUAUCUCUGGGAGAACUUUCGUCUUUGAAAUUUUUAGAUCUUUCCUACAAUAAAUUGAAUGGAACUCUUUCUGAAAUUCAUUUUGCUAAUCUCACAAGAUUGUUGGUUUUCUACGUAUCCGAGAACUCAUUAACAAUGAGAGUUGAUCUUGAUUGGGUUCCUCCUUUCCAACUUAAAGUUUUAGGAGUGAGAUCUUGUCACAUAGGACCUCAAUUUCCGUUGUGGCUUCAUUCACAAAAGUUUUUACAGCAUUUUGAUAUUUCUAAUUCAAGAAUUUCAGAUACCAUUCCAAUUCAUUUAUUCAAAUCUCCUUCUCAAUAUAUCCAUGUAAAUAUCUCCCACAACCAACUCAAUGGGGAAGUUCCAAAUUUGAGAGAGGCUACUCAUCUUGAGUCACUCCACUUGAAUUCAAAUAAUUUGUCAGGUUCAUUGCCGCUUAUAUCUGUCAAUAUGAAUCAACUUGAUCUUUCCAACAAUGCUUUCUCGGGAUCCAUUUCUCAUUUUGUGUGUCCUGGACUCAUCAAUGAAUCUAACGAAAUGCGGAUUCUCAAAGUUGGAGGAAACUUCUUGUCAGGAUUCCUGCCUGAUUGUUGGAUGAAUUGGCAAAACUUGUUGCUCUUGAAUUUACGAGAUAAUAAAUUCAGUGGUAUUGUUCCUACUUCCUUGGGUACUUUAACUUCCCUUCGGUCACUGUACCUUCGCAAAAAUAAUCUCAGUGGAACAAUUCCAAUAUCAUUAAAGAAUUGUUCAGAGUUGCUAGUGCUUGAUGUUGGGGAAAAUGAGCUUGCGGGAAAUGUUGCAUCAUGGAUUGGAGAAGGAUUUUCGAAAUUGAUGAUUCUCAAUCUUCGUUCAAAUAAGUUUGAUGCCGUUUUACCCAUGGAACUUUGCCAUUUAGCUUCUUUACAAAUCUUAGACCUUGCUGAUAACAAUCUCUCCGGAGCUAUACCAAGAUGUAUCGAUAACUUUAGUGCCAUGGUGACAAUGAACUCUUCAGGAAACAAGAUAGAAUAUGUGUAUCAACCGCAUACAUCCUAUUUAAAUUUAUCUAUACAGAUGUUUCUUGAGGAUGCUUUAGUUGUUGUGAAAGGGAAAAUGGCUGAAUAUAACACCAUUCUUAAUUUGGUGAGAAGAAGGAUUCCGGAGAGGAUUGGUGUUAUGAAAUUAUUAGAAUCCAUUGAUUUUUCUUCAAACCAACUUUCAGGUGAAAUCCCACAAAGCAUUUCAAAUCUAAAUUUUUUGAGUCAUUUGGACUUAUCCAACAACUUAAUUGGAGAAAUUCCUUCCGGCACUCAAAUACAAAGUUUCGAUCCUUCUUCUUUCAUUGGUAAUGAGCUUUGUGGAUCUCCACUUUCUAAAAGCUGUUCCGAGAGGGUUCCAACACCUGAUUAUGAAAAUGGAAGAGAAAAAGAUGGCAAUGAAGAUGAAGUGGAAUGGUUUUACUUUUACGUAAGCAUGGCACCUGGAUUUGUAGUGGGCUUUUGGAGCUUCAUUGGUUCUUUACUUCUCAAUAGAAGAUGGAGGUACACGUAUUGCAGUUUCUUGGAUCACCUUGGCCAUAAAUUUUGUAGUGUUGUAAGGCUAUUUUGCUAG